UUUUAAUUGAGUCUGGCCACCUUGACCUGCGGUGGGUCGGGCUGGCCUAGGGGCCUAAACCCAUAUUGAGGCUUGCAAUCUUCUAAAUUCCCUCCUCACACCCUUCUAAGUUUCAUAACCGUGUUAGGGUUCUUUCAAUAUUCUCUGAUUGUCGUCAAAUCACAAACAACCCACCAAUUAUAAGUUGCCUUUCCCUUCUCACUUGCUCGCGGAAUUGGAGGAACCCUUCGUUCGUGUCUCGCGGCAUUGAACCCUGAACACAUGACUCAGAAGCAAAGAGACAGAGUCCCAGAUUCCAUGGAAACCCAGUACGAGGAGAGUGAGAAAGACGAGUCUUCCUCUGCUUAUAGUUCCUCAGAAGAUGAAGAGGAGGAAGAGAUAGAGAAGGAGCUGGCUGAUGUAACAUUUGAGGAGUUGCAGAAAGCUCGCUCGAAUGGGACACAUGCAUUUUUCCAGAAACCCAAAGAAGACAAAAAAUUAAAAAGGGCCAACAAGAAUAGGCCAAUGGAGGCUAGUAGCAAGAAGCCAGUUUCUGGGUUUAGAGAGGUCAUCCAAGCUCCAAAGAAGGUUGUACGUGAUCCACGAUUUGAAUCUCUUUGCGGUAAACUUGACCCUGAAGGGUUUAGGAAGAGAUAUAAUUUCUUGUAUGAAAAUGAUCUUCCUGCUGAAAGACAGGCUCUUAAAAAGGAAUUGAAAAAAUAUAAAGACCCGAAGCGCAUAAAUGAAAUAGAAGAACGUGUAUCAUGGAUUGAUAAACAAUUGAAGUCUGAUUCAGCGAAGCAUAUUGAUGCAGAAAUAUUGGCCAAGCACAAAAAGAAAGAGAGAGAAGCAACAAAGCAGGGAAAACGUCCCUUUUAUCUCAAGAAAUCUGAAAUACGGAAGCAAAGGCUUAUUGAAAAAUAUAACCAUCUAAAGUCAUCUGGCAAACUUGAAGCAUUUGUUGAGAAAAGGAGGAGGAGGAAUGCUGCAAAGGACCAUAGAUACAUGCCAUAUCGUAGAUCUGGUGAUGUGGAAUAGGUUUUGUAGCUUUAAGAUUCUUUCGUAGGCUACAAUUAUACUGGAACAUAACACCAAAAAGAAAAAUAGUUUAUGCAUUUGGUCUGCCAUCUUUAUGGAUUAAAUGUUGAACCCUUUUUGAUGACUAUCAUGGUAUUUGUUCUGUGACUGACUUGUAUUUAUCUAAUUCUUGAAUAUUUACUAAUUGGGGUAUGGAGAGGUGCCACUAGGCUAUAAGGCAAUCUUUUGAUUC